UCAUUUGCCGUGUAAUUUCUGUUGAUACUGAAAAUUCAAGGUGUGAAGUGUCUUUAAAGUUAUCGGAUACCUCCGUUAUUGCACUUCCAUACAUAUCACAAGGCGAUUUUAUAAGAACCUAUUUUAAUGAACUUAUACCUCAAGAUGGACAAACGACACUUUCAACCAUUGAGAAAAAGGUCAAUAUCGGUGAAGUAGUUAAAUGUAAAGUAAACAAGCAAAUAUCUGAACGUGGAGUAUCAGGGUUUAAAGGAAAUGUACUCUUAGAGGACAAUAUGGAUGUCAAGAUAAAAGGAUUUAUACGCGAAUAUCAAGCAAACUUUAGGGAUGAAGGAGUUAACGAGAAUGACCUAUUGUAUGGAAUUGUGCUUGAUUUAGAUAUGAAAGGAAAGCAAGCAGAUCUGGCAGUAAG